CAUCCAUUUCGGGAUGGUCCGUAAGGUUUUGCCGUGUAUUUGGUCGAAAAAUCCGGUCACACUAAAAAACAACACUCCGACGGGCAAAAAAUUAUUAUCCCAAUAUCAGUUGAAUUUACUAACAAAAACAAUAUCGAGACUGCGCGACUUCCACGAUGCUGAGGACCAGAAACUGCACAAGCUGCUGGCCAUCAAAGUGGAAUCAGUACUGGAGAUUAAGAAGGAGCUGGAUACAUUUGUGGAAACUGUUAACGAGUUGGACUUUGGAACGGGCAUAGAAAAGUAGCGUACUUCAAAGGCCAAUAUGAACAGAGUUGUUGUAGUUUUUGGACUCCAUUGCGCAGCCGUUCAGGCGAGGCAGAGUCUGGGAAGUCAGUGGCCAGACUGGCGUGGGAAAGACCCAACUAACCUUGGUUCUUAAUUUUGUAUGUAAACACAAACGGCAAGUGCUUUUCGUCGAUACCAAGCAAGACUUCUCCACCAAAAGGAUACAAGACAUGCUGCUGGAGCGUAAUGUGGAUCAGGAAACAAGCGAGAAAGCAAUGGCGGACAUUCAGGUGGUAGAGGUCCUUACAUCAGAGGAGCUCAUUGAAGUACUUAAAGCCUUCGAACAGCAAAUGACUGACGGUGUCCAGGCUGCACUAAAAACAAAAGUCGUUGUGGUCGACUCCCUGGCCGCUUGCUUUGUGGACCACCGAGGCAUGGAAAUGCGAAGAACGAGGGAUUCCCUCCUGACAGAGGUUGCAUGCAGAGUGAGGAAGUUAGCUGCGAGGGGCGUGGCUUUUGUCAUCGGCAACAUAUCGUUCUCUCAGGAUUCAGAUAACUGUGACAAUGACGGCUUAAAGGAUGGCAACAGUGAGUCUACGCGGCAGCCGAAUAAACCAAUGCUAGGCUCCUAUUGGAGUUCAGUGUGUACGCUGAGAUUGUCGCUGGAGCUACCGGAGAGUACAAACUGCGGCGACAGCUGCGAAGACGACGGCCUCCGAAUGGUAAAUGUAAUGACGAAUACCUAUGGUCCUGCGGGAAAAAAUUGCUUGCUACAGAUCACAGAUGCAGGACUGGUUUAACAGCGGCCAGACGGGUGUUGCUUCUGGUACGACUUCAUUACCUUCAUU